UAGAAAAGUUAUAAUGGCUAGUUGUGAACUAUGUGAUUGAAGAAUUAACUAUGUAUUUUGUUAUUUUAAUUGUCCUAGUUUCCGUUUCUGCGAGAGAGUUUUCACAAAUGUUUAAUUAUGAGCCACGUCAAGAAAGAUUUGAACGGCCAUUUAUCAAUCCACCUGCACCACCUAAUCAUAGGAAUAGACAAGAAAGUGUCAACUAUAACAGACAAAAUGGACACGUGAAUUUAAACCAACACGAACAAUUUAAUAGUGACGGCAAUGUCAGGAGAUGGGACGCAAAUCCAAAUGAAGAUCGUUUUCAUGAGAAUCUAAAUAGCCAAAGGCAAUUUCAUCAAGUAAAUAAUAGAGAAAGAUUUUCUAGUGAGAUAAAUGAGAGAAAUAGGAACGAAAAUCCAAAUCAAGGUAUACCUUAUGGGCAAUUUGAACCAAAUAGAAGAGAAUUUAGUUCUAAUGAUAGAAAUGACAGAGGCUUCCAGGAGAGGAACCCAGGUCACUCUCAUGUGAAUUUAAACGACCGUGAACCAUUUAAUGCGCAAAAUAAUAGAGGUUUAAGUGAUAAUGGCUAUAGUACGGUAAAUUACAAUAGUCAAGGGCGCUUUAGUGAUAACACAGGAAGCGUGGACAUAAACAUGGCUUUUGAUAGACGGGGUAAUCAAAAUAGACGUGAACAAAGCAAUUUGAACAUACCACGUCAAAGUUUUAACAUCAACAAUGAAUACUCUAACAGAGAUGUCACUAAUAAUAGAAGUAGGAAUAGUAAUAGAGAUGAAAAAUACAAUCAAAACAUUUUGAAUGCCCGUAGGCAACAAGAUGAAAUGACAAUGGAUGAUUAUAACAGAGAAACACAGAAUAACCACAGAAGUUCAGACAACCGAAGCAACAACGGUAUAGUUCCGUUUAUAAAUAAUCUAAGCAACAAUACAAAUCAAAACAGAAAUCAGAAUCCUAAUAAUAAUCACAGAAAUUCAGGAUUAAAACAAAUAGAUCAAAGACCGAAAACAGUGAUAGAAAACGAAGUAACAGAAAACCCUUUGGGUAGUGGGGACAAAGAAAACAGUACUAUGGGUAAAGACGAGUGGGUGUGGGGUAUAGAGGAAACUACUACGAUGUCCCCAGUGACUUUGGACGACAGGGCAGCAUUCAGUGGAGACCACUGUCCGACUGGGUACGCGAGGUUUAAGGGAAUGUGUGUACCUGAAGAUUAGAUAGAGGACUAUGUUUGUUUUGGUCACUUGAUUUAUGAUAUAUGACGU